CCUAGGUUGUUCUUUCUCGUGCCCUGAAUGUACAUUUAAGAAAGAAAACCGCCUGCUCAAUAUAGAGAAAAAGAAUAGAGGAGAGGAUAAUGCCUUCCACUUCUCGACCGGUGAAGGUAGCAUGUCUGGCCUGUCGAGCCUCCAAAAUUCGAUGUGACGGACAAUAUCCGUGCGCUAAUUGCACUAUCCAUCGACAAGAAUGCCAGUAUCAACCCAGUCGGCGAGGGGGUGCUCGACGGGGCCCUAUUGCAGCCGAGGAGCGGGCCAUGAAAAAGGCCCAACGACUGCAAACUGCAACCGGGGUCUACAAUCAUGCCAUGACAAAUGAUGACUUUACUCCGGCUCAGAUAUUGCAGAUCAAUGCAGCCACCCCGGAUUCUCUUCCAUCUCCGUCUCCGAAUGAAACCGGAUCCCGACUAUCCAAUACGCUGCAGAGAAAAGACAGCCCGGGAUUUCCGUUAUCGCCUAGAGGCCCUAGAACCGGUCAGGAGCUUCGGGAGACUGUGCGCCAUCCGACGCGAAGCCUCCGUGCUUAUCGGUGUGAUCAGGAUCUGAUCAAUGCUUACUACAUCUUCAUACAUCCAUAUCUCCCUCUACUGCCCCCACCGGCUGUGUCCCAGUAUGUGGACAAGCCUGUGGCCCUGAGCAUGCGGUCGGCCAUUGUAGAUGCAUCUCAUCUGCCUUACUGGCCGACUACCUCACUGGGUUUGGCCGUGGCAGCGAUACUGGCACUGAUACCCCUACCGGGAGAUGCGCACGCAAUGGAGAAUGAAGCUGUUUCCUUGAGACGCUCUUAUGCCGAUUAUUUUGCACGCUCAGCGCUAGAUGUAUCGGAAGAAUCUCUCCAGCCGUCUUCCAAUUUCGAUCUUACGCAGGGCCCAUGCAGCCCCUUGCAUCCGGAGAUUCCUCAGCAAAUGGAACCGGUCCUGGCACUAGCGCUUCUCAGCCUAUACGAAUGCUGUCAGCGAGGAAAUGUUUCCAAGAUGCGCAUCCGAGCCAAUCAGGCGUUAACCAUGGCUAUGGAUCUUUCGCUACAUACGCAAAAGUCUGCGAAUAACUGUUCCGACGCGAUCCGCCGCUGUUGGUGGUCGACGAUGUUCCUCGUUUAUCAGUCUUCUAUAUUGACAGCUUCGGUCAGUUUCGCAACGUUCAGAUCGCGUAGGCGUGACCUCGCUAACUCGGCAAUGUAUGCGCCCCUAAUUACGAGCGAUGACUUCCGUAUUACCACGCCUUAUAUAGUAAUUCGUGGCUGUCGAGAGCCAUGGCCCUACAUCGUACAAGCACAAUCCCUCCUUCACCGCAGCUGCACCAUCACCCACCAGCUCUCCAACGAAACCACCCACGAUCAAGGGUGUCUUCCCUGUUCUUUCCACGACGAAAUCCAACACCUCGACUCUUCUCUCCUCGACAUAGCCAUCGAAACAGACCGCUACCGCUGCAUAGCCAACUGCCAGGGCACCGAAGCCGACGCGGAGCGCGUGCUCUGGGCAAUGUCACGCAUCCUUAUCCAUACCGCUAGAUUGCUCCUCUAUAGAGUUCGCGCCUUCCCUGACCGUCCUGCUGAUAGCUUCACGACUACUACCAACAGCAACACUAGCAGAAAUAGAACACCCCUCUCUCCGUCCAGAAGAGCUGAAAUCGAUGCUAUAUUUCAGUUUGAUGAGCAAGAAUCCACGCGUGUCUGCAUUCGCUCGGCGCUGUUGAUCUCUCGCGUAUUCCGUCACCUGCCUACACCGAAUCCGAUGUACUCUGAUACUCCUGCCGAUGGAGAGACCUUUGGAUUUGGACUCGGACUCGGACAGAUUAGUGGAGACUCGGGGCGAUCGCUGACUUCACCACGCUCUCUACCAUACAUGGCCUGGUGUGGGAUGCAGAGCUUCUAUGUACUUGCCAUGGUGUUGUGGCGCGUGCGGGCGGCCUUGUCCGCGGGUAAUCUGAACAGUAUCUAUAAUCUGCUAGAUCGGCCGACUGAGCGGACAGCGAUACAAGAUGCUGAAAGGCUCGAGGAGGAGUUACACAUGGGGAUUGAGUCGCUGAGAGUGUCAAUGAAAGCGGACGGGGUAUAUGAGGGUGUCGGGAGGAUGUUUAGGGAGUUGGAAAAGAUGUAUGAUGCUACCAUGAUGGGGUGAUCAUAAUAUCGGAGAGCAAAUUUGAUUUCAAGCCUUGAAAAAGUCCAGUUACAGCAUAAAGCAGACUAGACCUGGAACGGUUAAACUUUGGGGUCAACCUGAACCAGGGCAUAUCUCGGUUUCUUGUGCGGGGUACAACAAUGCGUGACCAAUCGGCGUUUGACGGAGUGAGCUGUCGUAUUUCGGCGGGAACGGUACCCCACCUCGGCGUCUGAACUCAACCAUUCGG